AUGGCUGAUAGAGAUGAUAAUGUAAUCCUAAAAGGAGGACGUUUGUAUCAACAGUGGGUUGUCGAUAGUUACGUGAAAAUUGAAAAGGAUAGAUUGAACUUUUGCAGACAAAAUCAAAAAACUCUCCGCAGUGAUACAUAUCAAGGCUUGGUAGAUCACUUACAACGACGCGCGAAUGAUGCUGAUAGUCAAGUAGGAAAAAUGGUCAUCCUUCCAUCAACAUUUACAGGUUCACCACGUAAUAUGUUACAAAAUUAUCAAGACGCAAUGGCUAUUGUAAGAAAGUUUGGCAAACCAGAUUUAUUCAUCACGAUGACUUGCAAUCCCAAUUGGACUGAAAUAAAAGAAAAUGUACUACUCUGUCAAACAGCAUCUGAUAGGCCAGAUAUAGUGUCGCGUGUUUUUGAUAUAAAGAAAGAUGAACUCAUUAAUGAUGUUCUUAAAAAAAAAUUGUUUGGUGAAGUAUGCGCAUACGUAUACGUGAUCGAAUACCAAAAACGUGGGCUACCACACAUGCAUCUAUUAGUAAAUUUGAAGCAAAACAGUAAAAUCCUUACUUCUGAUGCUGUUGAUAAAUAUAUUUCUGCUGAAAUUCCCAAUCGACAAGUAGAUCCGAUUCUUUACAACAUCGUUUUGAGAGAUAUGAUUCAUGGACCAUGUGGCAAUUGGUGUAAAGAUGAGAACGGAAAAUGUACAAAAAAAUUUCCCAAAAAGUUCCAAGACAGCACUUUGAUGGAUGAGAAUGGAUACCCAACGUACCGUCGGAGGAAUACUGGUACUUAUGAGCGUUCUAACGGACAAAUGGCCGAUAAUGCAUUUGUUGUUCCUUAUAAUGCUUAUUUCUUGAAAAAAUUCAGAUGUCACAUUAACGUAGAAAUUGUUUCCAGCAUAAAAUCUGUGAAAUAUUUGUAUAAAUACAUAUACAAGGGCCAUGAUUCAGCUUCGGUCAUUGUAAGCAAUGCUGAAAAUCACAAUGAAAUUCAUCACGACGAAAUUCGAAAUUUUAUAGAUACACGUUAUGUGUCUCCAGUUGAAGCAUGUGAUCGAAUAUAUGGUAGAUCUUUGCAAAAUAAAAGUCAUUCAGUGAUUCGAUUGCCAGUUCAUUUACCAAAUCAACAAAGCAUACUUAUCAAUGACGCUGACAAUGAGGACGGUUUGAGAGCUGCCCUGGAGAGAACAAGUAUGUUAGUUGAGUAUUUUUCGUUAAAUCGACGAGACCCAGAGGCCAAGAUUUACACAUAUGGAGAUAUUCCAACACACUAUGUUUUCAAAAAAUCUUUAGAUUCCAAUCGAUCUAUGUGGGCAAAACGUAAAACACAUUUUAAUGUGAUUGGACGUAUGUAUUCAGUGAGUCCGACACAGUCAGAACUGUUUCAUCUUCGCUUACUUCUGAUAACAGUUAAAGGUGCUACUAGCUUUGAGAACUUAAGGACAGUUAAUGAUCAAUUGUAUGAUACGUUUCAAAGUACAUGUUUAGCAUUGGGGCUUAUCGAAGAUGAUCAGGAGUGGGAUCGUGCCCUGACUGAAGGAGAAAUUUGGAUGAUGCCCCGUCAACUUAGACAUUUAUUUGUACGUAUUUUAAUAUAUUGUCAUCCAAAUCAUCCAGAACAGUUAUGGGAGAAAUUCAAAGAUGCUUUUUCUCAAGAUUUCCAACGAAAUCAUAAUGAAGCUGAAUCUUACAAGAGAGCAUACGCACACAUCGAUACACUUCUUAUGAAUGAAAGAUCGUGUAUAAGUGCAUUUGCGACGAUGCCACAAUUGAUUGAAUGCGAAACAGAUAUUGAUAUUGAUGAUGUCAAUGAUAAUCAGUCGUCAUUGGAAACACACGUAAGCAUGGGUCGAAUUCAAUACAAUCAGUUGAAUGUGAAACAAAAAGAGAUUGUUGACAAGAUUUUGAAUGUAGCUAUGUCUACCGAUGAACGCUCAUCUUCCUGUUUUUAUAUUGAUGGUCCAGGUGGCUCAGGGAAGACAUUUGUAUACACAACAUUGUAUCAUUUAUUGAAAGCUCAAGGAAAAUCAAUUUGUACAAUGGCUUUCACAGGAAUUGCAGCCAUUUUACUACCUCAUGGAAAAGCGCUACACAAAACUUUUGGUAUACCUGUCCCGCUAUUUCCAGACUCGGUUUCUAAUAUAAAGAGUCAAUCGAAGGACGCUGAAUACUUGAGAAAUGUUGAUAUUUUCAUCUGUGACGAAGCUCCUAUGGCGCCAAGGUCUGCAUUGGAAUUAAUUGAUCGAACAUUACGUUAUCUGAUGGAUAAUGACUCCCCAUUUGGUGGAAAAAUUAUGCUAUUAGGAGGAGAUUUUCGACAGUUACUACCAGUUACUCCAAAUGCUACGAGAUGUAAUGGAGAAUUAAAUGAUAAUGAUAAUAAUCUAUUGCCUCCAGAACAAUGUAUAGCUUCAAAUGCUGAUGAUAUCGUAGAAGUGAUAUUCAAAACAGUUAUUGACGAACGCCGUUUCGGAGACUUGGCAAAAACCGCGGUGUUAGCCGCGCGAAAUGUCGAUGUCGAUGAAAUUAAUGGCAAAGCAAUUGAACUCCUAGAUGAAUCUACUGAGCGUAGAUACACAGGUUACAAAUCAUAG